CCGGGGACACUGACCGUAGUGGGGACAGAGGGCAGAGCCAUGGCGGCGGCGGCAUCGGGACAGCUGACUCAGAACCCCCUGCAAAAAGUGUGGGUUCCCCUUAGCCUGCAUCGCCUGCGGAGGCGAGGAUCAACUGUACCCCAAUUCACCAACUGCCCCACCAUGGUGAUCCUGGUGGGGCUGCCAGCCCGUGGCAAGACCUACAUCUCCCGCAAGCUCACCCGCUACCUCAACUGGAUCGGCAUGCCGACACGGGGGCUCCAAUUGCCCCAAAUGCAGGUGUUUGAUGCCACCAACACGACGAGGGAGCGCCGAGCCCUCAUCCUGCAGUUUGCAAGGGAGAAUGGCUACAAGGUCCUGUUUGUCGAGUCCAUCUGCGACGACCCCGCCAUCAUCGAGGAGAACAUCAAGCAAGUGAAGCUGAGCAGCCCUGACUACAAGGGCUGCAUCCCGGAGGAAGCAGUGGCUGAUUUUUUGCAGCGCAUCGAAUGCUACAAAGCCACCUACGAGCCCUUGGAUGAGCAGCUGGACAGCGGGCUGUCUUACAUCAAGAUCUUCGACGUGGGCGUGCGGUACCUGGCCAACCGGGUGCAGGGCCACGUGCAGAGCCGGACGGUGUACUACCUGAUGAACACUCACGUCACACCACGCGCCAUCUACCUGAGCCGCCACGGGGAGAGCCUGCUCAACCUGAAGGGACGCAUCGGGGGGGACGCAGGGCUGUCCCCCCGGGGGCGCCAGUACGCCCAGGCCUUGGCCGAAUUCAUCCGGAGCCAAAGCAUCCGCGAGCUGAAGGUGUGGACGAGCCACAUGAAGCGCACCAUCGAGACGGCCGAGGCGCUGGGCGUCCCCUACGAGCAGUGGAAGGCGCUCAAUGAGAUCGAUGCGGGAGUCUGUGAGGAGAUGACCUACGAGGAGAUCCAGGAGCGUUACCCCGAGGAGUUCGCCCUGCGCGACCAGGACAAGUACCGCUACCGCUACCCCAAGGGCGAGUCCUAUGAGGACCUGGUGCAGCGCUUGGAGCCCGUCAUCAUGGAGCUGGAGCGGCAGGAGAAUGUCUUGGUCAUCUGUCACCAGGCCGUCAUGCGCUGCCUGCUGGCUUAUUUCCUGGACAAGAGCUCUGAGGAGCUGCCCUACCUCCGGUGCCCCCUGCACACAGUGCUCAAGCUGACCCCCGUGGCUUACGGGUGUGAAGUGGAGUCCAUCUUCCUCAACGUGGAGGCAGUGAACACCCAUCGCGAGCGGCCCCAGAAUGUCGACAUCAGCCGCCCCACGGCCGAAGCUUUGGUCACCGUUCCUGAGCACUACUGAGCCCCCCAAACCCCCCCGGAUAAUUAAAGCUUGCCUUAACAAA